AUGGAAAAUCAUGACCACAUAUCAUUUUCAUACUGCAUCAAUGAUACACUCACUAUCCAGUCACAUAAUCCUCCGUCCCCGAUACCCAAAAGUGGGCUCAUCCGACGAGCUACCUCUGUAGGACAGGAUCAGUCGCUGUCUCCUACAGAGUUAUGUCUCCAGAACCCGCCACUGCCAGGCUCCGAUGGUAACAACUUCGUUUCCAUCAAGUUAAUCGAGGAACUAAAUGUCGGCUAUGAAAAGAGGGCCCAGAUAUUUGUUGUCAGAUGCAUGAAUAGCUCCAAUUCUUGUCCACCAACCGACCAGGACAUGGUCGCUAAGAUUUACGACCCAUUUUAUCAUGACUUUGAUGAAGACUCUUUCCUCGGAGCUGACUAUGACUACACGCAUGAAUGCGCUGCUUACACGCAUCUAUCAGACCUCCAGGGCUCGGUCAUUCCCAGAUUUUUCGGGUCCUACACCUUGAAAAACAAGGAUCGACUAGAUCCGGAAAAUUUUUCAAAGGAGGAGCGUCAGGAUAUCAUGAAACAAAUAGUUGACGGAGAGUCUUCUCUCUACACGAAAAACGUCUGCCACGAAGAUCUACGUCCACAGAAUGUUGUGGUUCGACGAAGCGACUCACAGACAUUGCGAAUAGUUAUCAUCGAUCUGGGAAAAUCGGUUAUUGGUAGAUCCCGCAACCCCUCAAACAGCAGGGACGAGAGCCGAUAUCUGCCUGGUGUCGCAAUUAGCCCUCUACUCAGAUGGAACGUCCAUUAUGACCGUCAUGCUUACUUUCGCAAAUGGAUUGACUGGCCAUGGCAAGAGUGGCUUGAGGUUCAAUACAAGGAGGACGAGGUUACGAUUACAAAGGAACAGCGAGAACUAUGGCAAAUCUAUGACUGGAUGCUGGAGGUAGAGCCUCCUCCCCCUUUUUAA